AUGCAGGGAAUUGAACCGGAAUCCCUACUGGAAAGAACAAAAUAUCUAGGCAAAAGAAUCAAAGAACUUAUUGUUUUACCGAUUUAUGCCAAUCUUCCUUCCGAUUUGCAAGCCAGAAUCUUUGAUCCAACGCCACCAAACGCCCGGAAAGUGGUGCUGGCCACAAACAUUGCUGAGACGUCCGUAACAAUUGAUGGGAUCAGUUACGUAAUUGAUCCUGGUUUUAGUAAACAAAAUUCGUUUGAUGCCCGAAGUGGUGUGGAACAUUUACACGUUGUUACCAUUUCAAAGGCUGCAGCUAAUCAGCGAGCUGGGAGAGCUGGUCGAACUGGUCCCGGAAAGUGUUUUCGUCUUUACACAGCCUGGGCUUAUAAAAACGAAUUGGAGGAUCAGCCUAUCCCAGAGAUCCAGCGCAUUAAUUUGGGAAAUGUUGUUUUAAUGCUAAAAAGCUUGGGAAUCCACGACUUGGUGCAUUUCGAUUAUUUGGACCCACCGCCUCAAGAAACUUUAGUGAUUGCCUUGGAGCAACUGUACGCGCUUGGAGCGCUGAAUCAUCGCGGCGAACUGACGAAACUAGGACGACGAAUGGCCGAGUUUCCGUGUGAUCCAUGCAUGAGUAAAAUGAUUAUUGCAUCAGAAAAAUACGGCUGCUCGGAAGAAAUUAUCACCGUGGCUUCGAUGCUAUCCUGUAACGCAGCAGUGUUCUAUCGGCCCAAAGCAUUGAUUAUACAUGCCGAUGCUGCUCGAAAAGGUUUUUGGAUUCCCGGCGGUGAUCAUCUCACCCUGCUAAAUGUUUACAAUCGUUGGCGAGAUAGCAAUUAUUCUUCACAGUGGUGUAUUGAAAAUUUUGUACAGCACAGAACAAUGAAACGAGCAAGGGAUGUCCGCGACCAACUUGAGGGUCUGCUCGAAAGAGUUGAAAUUGAACAGGUAUCCAACAACGAUUCAAUAGCAAUUCGGAAAGCAAUCACUGCUGGAUAUUUUUAUAACUGCGCAAAACUGGAUAGUAGCGGACAUUAUAAGACGGUGAAAAAUAAGCACACCGUUCACAUUCAUCCCAACUCGUCAUUGUUCGAGGAGACCCCACGGUGGAUGAUUUACUUCGAGCUCGUUUUCACAUCUAAGGAAUUUAUGCGUGAGGUAAAACCAAAUUUUUAAUU